AAUGCAUCUCUUUAUUCCUGUAGUAUCAGUUCAGGACUCUGUGAUGAGUUUGGUACCUCAGUGAGGUUGCUGAGGUAAAGUGGAGGUGCUGGUACACACGGGUUCUGCUGUGUUUGGGGGGUGAGUGUGUAAUAAACGGUGUUUGGUGCAGGACUGAGGGUGUUGUGGUGGAACAGGAUGGCGGAUUCUCGUCGUUUUCAGACACAGAUAAACUCUAUAAUGGACAUUAUGACCCGGGCGGUGGUGAAACAGAUCUGCACUCUUGUGGAAUCAGACGUUGUGGGAUUGAAGAAGGAACUGGAGCGCGCGCGCAGACACAACGCCGCUCUCGGGGACAAAAUGCGCGUGCUCGAGAACGAAGUGGAGGUGCUGCGCGUCGCCAAAAAAGCGGGAGCGCGCAAAGACUGUCAUUCUGUCUGUAUACAAACAGAGGCAUCAGACUCACCAUCCAUCACUGAAGUCUUUGAUAAGGAAUGGUGCACCAGUCUGUGGGAUGGCAGAAAAUCCAGACAGGAGGAGAACAAAGUUGACAUGGACCCUGUCAUGACUGAGGAGAAGGAGGACGAAGAAGAGCCUGAAAACAACGACCACUGCGAAGUUCAAUCUAUUAAAAUUGAGCAACCUGAACUUGACAUUCGCUCUGUUUGUACAACAACAAAAAAGAUUGAAGGAGCUGCCAAAAGGAAAAUGUCGUCUGUUCCAUCAGUGCGUUGUUGUAGUCCGGAAAAUCUGGCUGAUGACAAUGAUGACGACUUAUAUUUCGUAUCUUCAGGAUUCAAGACACAUGAUACCCGGUCAAUGCCAUGUGAUGUCCCAGCUGCAACCACUACAAAGUUUAUAUGUAUGGAUGGCACAGUUCAGGAUGUAGUAUUUCCAAAUCAUGAUCAGUCUGUGUUAAACGAGUAUUGCAUGCCUAUUGAUUUUAUGGAGGGAGAGAACACACAAACUGUGGCAUUUAAGGAACAGCACGAUGACUCACAGAACCUUGUAAUGGGUAUAGAACACAUGGUCAGCUCCGCUGAUUCUCAUUACUGUAAUACAUUUAGCAUGUGUAACCAACCAGCCAAGAUUAAGUACGUCUGUCCUGAGUGUGGAAAAGCAUUCCUUCGCCAAAAUGGUCUUACAUUACACAUGAAAUCUCACAGAAGGAAGAAAGCAACUGCGUGUCGCAAAAAGACGUUACUCAAAGUGCAGAAGAUUUUGCGCCAGGAAAAGACGACAGAAAAGCCUAAAAAAGGGUUUACAUGUGAGAUCUGUGGAAAGCUGUUGCAUUCGAAAGCCACCUUGAGGGUUCAUUACAGCGUGCACACAGGCGAGAGGCCGUACAGCUGCAGCUUCUGCGGACGAGGGUUCACUCAGAAAGGAAACUUAAACUCCCAUGAGCGCAUCCACCGGGGAGAAAGACCCUACGUCUGCAUUACGUGUGGAAAAGGUUUCACUCAGAAAGGGAACUUGACUCAACACCUGGCUAUUCACACCAAAAUUAGAAUAAAGAGGGUCACAUAAAAAUAAGUAUUGCUAGAGCUGUUUUAAUAUCUAGAACUAUCUAUAGAAACACAAACCUGAUUAGCAGAACACUGACAAAUAAAUACUCUUCAGUGUCAGUUUUAAGGUUUAAAUUUGUAAUAUUUGAAUUGAGACUAAAGCAGAGUAGAGAAAUAGAGAAAGCUGUUGUUCUGCCUUUCAUUUUAACUAACAAUUUUAAGAAUGUACCCCCGUCACACACAAGUACAAUACAGCAUGUGUUUUCUACAGUACCACAGUAAUGCCAUUGUUGCACCCCCUCUGGGUAGCACACAGUUUGAUUCUAAAAGCUGCAAUAAGCUUUCUUUGAAGUGUCUUGAGAUAUACACUGAUCAGCCAUAACAUUAAAACCACCUCCUGUGUCAUUUUAGCAGCUUCACUUACCAUAUAG